AUGUUGACUCCUGAUUAUGAAGAAAGUGACGACAGAGAACCAGAACCAGUCGGUGAGCACCAGCUCUCUCAAAACUCUCCUGUAGCUGAGAGCCAAGAUCAGCACAGAAGAAAACAUGUGGAUUCAGGAUCAACUAGAAAUGAAGAAACCAGAGCCCAGAAGAGUCUUCAUGAAAACAGGAGUCACGAUUACAGUGAUAACUCUCCUAAAUCAAAGAUCCAGUCUUGUACUAACACAAAGGAAAGGUCUUUUAAAUGUGACACUUGUGGAAAAUCUUAUGGUCGUAAGAAUCRCUUGAAGGAUCAUAUUAAGAGCCACACUAGUGAGAAACCUUUCUGUCAAACAUGCAAGAAAAGUUUUGYAAAUASUAGAAAUUUGAAARUCCACAUGAGAACUCACACUGGUGAGAGGCCAUAUUCUUGCCACCUGUGUGAAAAACGUUGGGUAACUAAAGGUGAUUUGAAGGUUCACAUAAGGUUUCACACGGGUGAGAGGCCGUAUUCUUGCAAAGUAUGUCAGAGAAGUUUUGUAACUAGUAGUGAUCUGAAAGUUCACACCAGAAUUCACACGGGUGAGAGGCCGUAUUCUUGCAAAGUAUGUCAGAAAAGUUUUGUAAUGAGUGGCGAUCUGAGAGUUCACACCAGAACUCACACGGGUGAGAAGCCGUAUUCUUGCAAAGUAUGUCAGAAAUGUUUUGUUAGUAGUGGUAAUCUGAAAGUCCAUAUGAGGAGUCACACAGAUAAGCCAUUUCCUUGCAAAGUAUGUGACAGGUUUUUUAAACAGAAGAGAGUUGAAAAAGCACAUGAAAACUCACAGUUGAGAAGCCAUAUUCUUGCCAAACGUGAGAAAAGAUUUGGAAGUAAGGGAUCUUGAAAGUCCACAUGAUGAAUAACAUAUGAGAAGCCAUACUCCUGCAAUAUCUGUGGGAGACCAUUCACUCAGUCGACAGACAAGCAAAGACUUUCAGAGUUCGUACACAAUAGAACUUGUAUAUUAACGUAACACAUGAGACAGUUUUCAGGGUUAGUGGUUAACGUUCGACAAGAGAAGAGUUCUCACUGGUUGAAUUCCUAUCAUCACAGCAACCCCUCAGGGUAAACAUAUUCAUAUCUGACACAUUWGGAAAAUCAUACAAGAGGAAUUUGUCUUUUAAUUUUAUGUUUCUUGUUUUCAGUGAAACAAACUCAUGUACAAUAUGUUCUAUGCUGCUUUAUGAAAUGUGCCAUAGAAAUACAUUUUUAUUUUAAUAACUAGAAUAUAGUUAAUAAUGAAUUCAACACAGUAUCCUCGGUACCUGUUUCACAGUUAUAGCACUCUUGUGUUGCUGUUGACUAAUCAUUAAAAUAGUUUUUAC